AUGGGUUCGCAGAAGAAGAUGAUCACCAAAGGCAAGAAAAGCAUAGGCCGACAAAGGAUAGAAAUCAAGCUACUGGAGGAGGAGAGCAAAAAACAGGUAACUUUCUCAAAGCGCCGUUCAGGUCUCUUCAAGAAAGCCGCCGAGCUUUGCAUCUUGUGCGGCGCUGAAGUUGCUGUCAUCGCCUACUCCACGCACGGCAACGUGUUCUGCUUCGGCCACCCGGAUGUCGAAACCGUCGUCAACCGCUAUCUCUCGGGAAACACGUGUUGCCCGUCAAAGAGCCUUAACAACGUUGUGCCUGUGGAUGAUUUCAAUAGGCAACACGCCGAGGCCCAGAAGGAGUUGGAAAAGGAAAAGAAGCGUUUGAAGGAGAUCGUUGAGAGGCAGGCAAAGGAGAAGAAUGGUGGGUUCUGGUGGGACGAGCCGUUGGAUGAGAAUAUGGGGUUGGAGGAGAUGGAAGAAUACCUGAGGGCUUUGACUGAGGUUCGCCGGAAAGUGGCUGCCAGGGUGGAAGAGUUUAGGAUGGCCAGAACAUCUCUGCUGCAGCCGGUGGAUAUGGCGGCAGGUCUUGGAAAUUAUAUUAAUGGUUUGGGCAACGAUUUUGUCAUUCAGGAUUUGGAAGGUGGCAGUGGUAGUACAGGUUUUGUUGGGUCUCAUGGUCAUGGUCAUGGUUAUGGUUAUGGUUUUGGUUUUGGUUUUGGACAAGGGCAGAUAUGA